CUCGGCCCGUCAUAGGAGCAUGUCUUGAAUUCUGCAGUCGGUCUAUCCUGUCCUCGGUAGCAGCCUAUGGCAGCUUCAGAUGCAGCUUCAAGAUAUUCAACUCGAAGCAUCAUCUUGAAAUACCUGCACACACCCAAGUAGGUUCAGUGAAAUAAUGCCACAGGGCAGUGCAGCAGGGGAACGGCAUCUUUUAUUCCCAGCGGACAAUUGCCCAAUCUCGGCCCUCAAAAAACGGUCAUUACCGUACCUACCAUAUCGAUACAGGACCCGUGCUCCGGGGCCCCACACAAGCUGGCCCCUGCCCAUGUUCAUUUCCAACUGGCGGACCCAAACAACCCGUUUGAGCGGGCGGGUCCUCCCAAGAGGCGCUGCAUUGAGCCUCAGCGAUCGCGAUAGUCAUCACUUCCAGCAUCACCCAUAUCAAAGACAACAACCAGUCAAACCUCCGCCGAUUGUCAUUCGGCCCCGCAGACUAGCAUACCCCAUCUCACGGAAGUUUCCAUUCCCUCUACUCCGUACCAACCACUUGGCUCUGUCCUGCGCCCCAGACCUGUCACCGCACCCAACCGCGGCCGCAACACCAAACCCAUAAACCAACCACGAUGCCCUCCCAGCAAGAACUCGACUUUCAAAUCUCCCCACUAGUUCAAGAAUCACUAGUCCACAACACCCGAACCCUCCACAACCUCCAAUCCCUCACAGCCUCCCUCUUCGGCGUCGGCGCCGGCAUUUUAGGUCUAGAGUCCUACUCCGGCUUCCUCUUCUACCUCGUCUUCUCCCUCAUCACAACCCUCCUAUUCUACGCUCUGAGAAUAGCUCCCACGGCGAUAUCCUCCCCCUCUUCUUCUUCUUCCUCCACCACCUCAAAAGGAGGCGUCCUGUCCCGGUAUUUCAGGAGUCCGCUCGAUUUCUGGACAGCGGGGCUCACGAACGGGCUGGCGGGGUUUAUUCUGACUUGGACGCUGUUUUAUGGGUUGGUGAGGGCAUGAGGGUGGGAAGGGGCUUUGGGACUGACGGGAUGAUGUGUAGAUAUUGACGGGCGGGGGUAUGGGAAUUAAAAUACAUCAAAGACUCUUGGGUUUUAUUCGACCAUGAUGGUGGGAUUGGCAAGGAGGGUGAUAUCACGCUUCUUUUCAUUUACUUAUUUAUUGGUCAGCCAAACACAAAUAACAAUCAUCAACUAGAUAAAUGCCCGAAUUCAUACACACCUAUCUAUCUAACCUAUACUAUUCGUUUCGGUAUUUAAAUCUCUAGGCGACAGACACACCAGCAUGUCUACCU